GGGAUAACAAAGGUCGGCCCCGGCAAGAUGGCGGCCCCCUUGGAGCUCAGUUGCUGGGGAGGCGGCUGGGGGCUCCCGUCGGUGCACAGCGACUCCCUGGUGGUGAUGGCUUACGCCAAAUUUUCUGGUGCACCCCUGAAAGUCAAUGUCAUAGAUAACACCUGGAGAGGUUCAAGAGGAGAUGUACCAGUUUUGACAACUGAAGACAAUACUAUUUCUCAGCCGGCAAAAAUACUAAACUUUUUAAGAAAACAGAAAUACAAUGCUGAUUAUGAACUUUCAGCAAAACAAGGGGCAGAUACGCUAGCUUACAUUGCUCUCCUUGAAGAGAAGCUUCUUCCUGCAGUGCUUCACACAUUCUGGGUUGAGAGUGACAAUUACUUUACUGUGACAAAGCCAUGGUUUGCUUCCCGAAUGCCUUUUCCCUUGAGUUUGAUCCUGCCUGGAAGAAUGUCUAAGGGAGCACUGAAUAGGAUUCUCCUGACCAGGGGAGAGCCUCCCCUCUACCACCUUCGAGAAGUGGAAGCUCGGAUAUACAGAGAUGCGAAGGAGUGCCUAAAUCUUCUGUCAAACAGAUUGGGAACAUCUCAGUUUUUCUUUGGAAAUAUGCCUUCCACUUUGGAUGCCUAUGUGUUUGGUUUUCUCGCACCUCUUUAUAAAGUACGUUUUCCUAAAGUUCAGUUACAAGAACAUUUGAAGCAGCUCUCCAACCUGUGUCGCUUUUGUGAUGACAUCCUAAACAGUUAUUUUAGGCUUAGUCUUGGAGGCAUCUCUCCUGCUGGACAAGAAACGGUAGAUGCAAAUCUGCAGAAACUGACACAACUUGUAAAUAAGGAAUCCAACUUGAUUGAAAAGAUGGAUGACAAUCUUCGCCAAAGCCCUCAGCUUCCUCCUCGGAAACUGCCAACACUUAAAUUGACUCCAGCAGAAGAAGAAAGUAAUUCCUUACAACGGCUCUCACCCUGACCAUCAUCAUGCUU